CUGCUCAGGUGCCUCUUCCGCUCGCAAUGUCACUUCUCAGGAUUCGCCCGCUCUGGAUUGCGCACGUUCAGGUACGCCAAUGGCCUUGUGGACUAUCUCCAAGCCGUUUCUUUGCGAGCGCCAGUGCCGCGGAUCCAAGCGUCAGUGAGGAAGAGUUGCAAGCAGCACGCCGAUGGCUGGAAAAUCUGCAUGCAGAGAGCAUACCCAAAGAUAUAGGCGAGCUGAGCUUUAGUAGAUCGUCUGGACCGGGUGGACAGAACGUAAAUAAAGUGAACUCCAAGGCCACACUCAAGGUGCCACUUGAUACCCUUCUUCAGCAUAUCCCUACGGCCCUCCAUUCCCAGAUCAAAUCCUGCCGCUAUGUAACCACCCGCUCAAAUGCCAUCGUAAUUCAGGCAGACGACAGCCGGAAGCAGACCGACAACGCACACAGCUGCUACGCGCGACUGCAUCAACUCAUCAUUGAGGCUGGACGCAACGCGAUUCCAGGCGAAACCUCGCCGGAGCAGGCGAAGCGUGUGAAGGAUCUACAGAAGGCGGACAACCAACAUCGGCUGAAUAAGAAGAAGCAGCACAGUGCCAAGAAAAGCUCGAGAAGAGCACGAGGAGACGACUGAGCGCACUUGACCGCAGAGUAGGAUUGUG